GCUGCGCUUCUCGGCAGUCUGCUUCAGACAAGGGAAGCGCUUCGGCUGGUGCGGAGCCCCGGAGACAAUAGCACCGAGGACUGUCCAUACAUACACACAAAUACAUACAUAUAUGCGGGGAUACGCGCUCUGUUUUUCAGCUUUUUUUAUUUACAUGUUUUAUUCCUUGUGCCAUACGGAUUACACACCCAUCGAUCCAGUCCUUAUUUGAUUCCUAAUGGUGAUCGGAUACUUAAAUUGAUUCUUCUCACUAAACGCCAUGACUGGGCUUCUGAAGAGGAAGUUUGAGGAGGUGGGUGAGGACCCGUGCUACUCCUCUCCAUCGCCCUCUUCCCUCUCCUCCGCCUGCUCGGGCUGGGACUCAGAGGGGGAGAGCUGCUACUCAGAUACCCUGGAUUCCAAUCCCAGCAAUCCCUGCUCCCCAGCAACAAAUUUCAAUGCUACAUCCAUUCUUAAGAAAUCCAAGAGAACGUGCCGGGGCAACGUGACAUUCCACCAGGUGACUGUGUUCUUCUUCCCACGGUGCCAGGGCUUCACCAGUGUUCCCAGUCGGGGAGGUUGCACCCUUGGCAUGAUGCAGCGCCACAGUGCACGGCGUACAUACACUCUUGCAGAAUUUGCUGUGGAACAACAGCUCCUGCGCAGGGAAAAAUUUCUCAAUAGGCUUAGGGAAGAGAAGCUGGAAGCUUUGAAAAUGAAGCUGACAAAGAACGGAACCCAGGAAAGUGAAGACGCGGAUCGGCUUACGUUAGAUGACAUCCCAGAGCAUGACAUCGACAUCAGCAGUGCCAACCUGGACGAGGGGUCUUUCCUCCAGCCUUACCCUUCUAAGAAGCGCUAUGCACUGCUUAAAGCAGCUGGUGUGAAGAAGAUUGACAAGGAAGAGAAGAGGCAGCUGCAUGAACUGAGGCUCUCCAGGGAGAAUUGCGGCUGUGACUGCCAGGGCUUCUGCGAGCCUGAGACAUGCAGCUGCAGCCUGGCGGGCAUCAAAUGUCAGAUGGACCACUCUUCCUUCCCGUGUGGCUGCACAAAAGACGGCUGCGGUAACACAGAGGGUCGCAUUGAGUUCAACUCCAACCGUGUACAGACGCAUUACAUCCACACUAUCAUGAAGCUGGAGCUGGAGAAGAGGCUGGAGGAGCAGUCCAGUACAGAGGAAGAGGAGGAGGAAAACACUACAGACACCAGCACCCAGCUACCAGCGGUGCCCUCCUUCCCUUUCAGCUCGGAGCUGAUGGCAGCUGGAGAGAACAGCAGCAGCAGUGACAUGACAGACUCAUCAGAAUCGUCUGGUCAGAGCGAGGACUCUGAGGCGGGCGAGAGCCAAUGUGAGCAUCAUAGCCCACUGGACGUCGACGAGAAAGGCCUGAGCCGGAUAUUGAGUUUUAACGAUACAAGUAGUGGAGAGAGCGAGGAUAAGGAUGGUAAAAACACUUGUUUCCCAAAUCAACAGCUGCAACAGAAGCAACAGCCAUCCACAGAGACAUUCAGUAGCUUUAGCAUAGUGGACUUUGCUGAUGAAAACGACAACAUUGAUGCUGCGCUGUUGGAGUCCAUGGACGGUCACACAGACAAUCGAGUGGCAUCCAUUUCAGAACUUUUGGAUGAGAACGCUAACCAGGGAAACGGCCUUUUCCACAGCUGCAGCGUGCCGCAUACGCCUUCUCCUAGUAUCGACCGGUCGGCGAGCUAUGACAUGGACCUGAGCCUUUCUUCGGAGUCGGACCUGGAGUUCUUCGAGGGCUUCCCCUGCUUGGGGCCCAGCUCGCUUUACAAUUCCCUGAAGGAGUACGAACACAUGGACAACUAUUUCCAGUUUCAGCUGCCCAACUACCCCAGUUUCCCCGCGGCGAGCGACACAGGGACAUGCCUUCUGGAAUCCCUGAUCGGCCUCUCAGAAUCCGUCCCAGAGCCCCCAGCGACAUUUACAGACAAUCAGCUGAUGGAGGAAGCCAUGAAACUGUCUGUGAUGGAGUCUGUGAAAGUUUGACAAAAUAUAUGAACUAUAUUAGAAAGGAAAACCCCACAGGAGAUUCUGGGGUGGGGGGUUAGAAGGGGGUUGAAAAAUGCACAUAAGAUGUCAAUGGGUUUUGAGGUAGCUGUGAUUUCCCUCUUUUUUGCCUACUAAAUAUUCAGAUUCCAGACUUGCCUUCAAAAUGUUAGCAAAGCAGUUUGGGAUGAUUGCUGUGUGAGAUGGCAGCUAAGGGUUAAAAGUGGACAGAGAUCAAUUUGACCAGGCCAAUAGAAACAAAUGAAUCCUAAGAAAGCUCUGUUGACCAAACCAAGACCACCAACCGCUCGCUGAACAGGAAUCAACCUUAAAACUGUUUCCAGGUUGGUUGUUAAUCUCAACACAGCUGAAUGUUCACCUCAGGGAAUUACAUUUUUUCUAGCUUUCUAGCUUUUGGAGGCGAUGUGUGGUGACCAUUGCUGUGAUUGCCUUCAUACAAAACCCGAGUCAGUUUGUGACGUACAGUAGUUCUGUUUGUGUCCCCUCUUCUGUAGAUGACUUAAGUGAAGAAAAGCUGAAGUCUCAUCCCAGAAAGUCUUUUAAGGUACAAGAAAAAAAAAUCCCUCCCAGAGCUCCUUGAUUAGCACUUUAUCUGUGAAAAUGGCAAUGUAUGCUUAGGCAUUGUUUUGGUCGUUUGGGAUGGAUUCAACAGUUUGAUGCUAAAUUCUGGAGUUUCUUAUGUAUGGGCUGGGAUUGUUGCUCAUGUUCUUCAAAAAAGAAGCUGUAUCUGUAUUUUCUUUAUUGCUUUUGUUUUAAAUUAUUUCAUUUAUCAUUUUUAUUUAUUUCAGAUGAAGCCUCCCUUCUUUCAAACAGCACUGUGGGUUGUUUACCUUAAAGUGCAGUCUUCUUCCUUUUUCUUUCAUAUCACAUUAAGGUAUUGCUAUGGGAAAUGGAACCCAGUGGGCGGUUUUUGAUAUUCGAUAUGUAUGUAGGCAGUUGCCCUGGGUGGCAUUACAAAGGGGUGCUCAAGAACUAGUUAGAAAAUAUAACUUUUGUGCCCUGAACAAGUUUCAAAUUUGCAGGCAGAGGGAGAGUGCCCUCUGCUUUCUGCUGUACAUAGGGAGACUAGUUUACCUGCUUUGUGUGGAAUGGCAGUACAUUUAAGCCCACCCCAGAAACUCGUGUAUUUUUGAUUGGUUGGGGGGUGGCAGAAAGAAGGACAGGACAUCAUCCAUUCGAGAACCGCCACUGAUGGGACCACAAGUCCAUCCGAAAGUAUUUAAUAUCUAUUCUCUAACACCUUGUUGUAAAUUAUUUUGUUUUUAUUUCAUGAGUUAUUUAAUUUAAAGACAUUUUGGGGAAAAUUUUGGGUUGUAGUGAAAUUUACUGGAUGUGCCUGUUUAUCAGGGGAGCCAUGCCAGCAGGUGGUGUGCGCGCAGUGCUUCCAUUUAAGCUUUUGGGACUGAAAACUGUGGAAUCUCCCUAAUCACUGAAACAAAUAAAGAAAAUGAUGGUUCUAUUUGUAUUGCUGCCUAUAAUAUAACCAUAGAAAAAUUACACUAAUAUUUUCUAACUAAUAUAUGUAGGAUGAAGAAAGAAUUCUAAUCACUGACAAAUUGAAUAUUUUAUUAAGAAAGCAAAAUUAAUAAUUUUCAAUCUGAAACGACCUUUGUAAUAUAUGAACUAUAGAGAAAAUGUAUGCUUAUGAAGGUUUGUGCUCUUUAGCAUUCUGAAGUAUUUUUAAUAGGCAGCCAAACGGUUGAAUAUCUCAGAGAAAAGCCACUAAAACGUAAAUUACAAAAAAUCAAUUUGAUUGUACUCUGAAUACCUCUGAAGUCUGUGACUUGGGUUAAAAUAUGUUAGAAAUUACACAAAUAAGAAGUUUUUUUGUAUUUUAGUGGAUUAAAAACUGCAUAUAUUAUACAGUUUUAAAUCCUGAACCCUGAAAUUUGAAGAGUUGCCUCACUGAUUAACAGGCAAGACCUUUUUUGAGCUGAGGGACACUAGAGAGCUGAUGUACAUAUCCUCACCCUUUCCACAGCUGUUUUAACAGCCUUUUCUGGACCCUUUAGAAAUUAUGCAUGCAGGUCCUGUUUGUUAAAAAUCUUCUGAAUAAUUGCAUACUUUGAAAAGUGCAGAAUGCUCAUUGGAAAUGUAUUAUUCGCUUUUUGCCUUUUUUUAAAUUGAUUUCAUCCUGUAUAUGUUCAUACGCCACAAAGAUUGGCACUAUUUUUAUUGCAAUCUUUCUCUUGUGUAAAACAUUAAAUCUCAUGAAGAAAUGGCAUCAGUGAGUGUUUAUCAGUGUAAUAUAUUACAGUACAGUUUAUUAUUAUUAUUAUUAUUAUUAUUAUUAUUAUUUCAAAGAAUGUGUCUUACUUUUUUGCCUUUUUGUGUUGUGCAUAUUUCUGCUUGAAAAGGUCCUGCAGAGCAAACAAAGCUGCUUUAUUUUUUACAUAUUCACACAUUAAUCUGCUGUUCAAAAACACUUUCUUUCAUCUAAGCCAUUUUGACAGCUUGUCCCUCCAAAUGAUAAUAAAAAAAAACAUUCAUUUGUAAA